GUCAAACUCAAUUGCUUUCUCAAGAACCUCGUCCAUGCCCACAGAUUCGCCGACGCCCUCCAUCUCUUCCAACAAAUCCAUUCACUCCGCCACCUCAAACCCGACCACUACACUCUCUCCACCGCCCUCACCGCCUGCGCCAACUCCCGCCAAAUCAGAGUGGGCGUUCAACUCCACGCCCUCUGCGUUAAAUCCGCCCUUCAAAGUUUUUCCCACGUUGCCAAUGCCCUGCUUUCCUUCUACUCCAAGACGCGGGACUUGGCAUCGAUAAAAAGGGUCUAUGCCGAAAUAAGAGAUCCCGAUGUAUACUCGCAUACGACAUUCUUGUCGGCUUGCACAAAGCUCGGAGAAGUUGAUUAUGCCCGUAUGGUGUUCGACCAAAUGCCUGAAAGAAACGUGGCAGUAUGGAAUGCUAUGAUCACGGGGUGUCCUGAGAAUGGACAUCAGGGGAUUGCGUUGCAUUUUUUUCGGAGAAUGCGGAUCCUUGAUGUGCAAGCAGAUAACUAUGCGUUUGCUUGUGUUUUGAGCUUAUGUUCAUCUGGGAAGCUUGAUUUUGGGAGGCAACUCCAUUGCUUGGUUUUUAAGAAUGGAUUUUUGAGGCAGGGUUCCGUUGUUAAUUCUUUGGUUACUAUGUAUUUCAACUAUGAAAGUGCUGGUGAUGCUUAUGGUGCGUUUGAGGAAAUCGGGCGACAAGUUGGUGACGAGAUAACUUACAAUGCAGUUAUAGCAGGUUUGGUGAAUGUGGAAAGAGAUCAAGAAGCUCUUUUGAUGUUCAAAGAUAUACAAACCCUUGGUCUGAAACCAACUGAAUUGACUUUUGUGAGUGUAAUGGGAGCUUGUUUCUAUUCGAAGAUCGCUACUCAAGUACAUGGCCAAGCCAUUAAGAUGAGUUUUGAAGACUCUACUAAAGUUAACAAUGCAGUGAUAAACAUGUAUUCUAAUUGUGGGGAGUUAGAUGCAGCUUGUUUGGUUUUCAGAACGUUGGAAGAGAAGGAUAUCGUCUCAUGGAAUGCCAUAAUAGCAAGCUAUGCUCAAGAGAGCUUGAGUGAAGAUGUUAUCUCCACCUACCUUCAGAUGCAGAGGAACGGCAUUGAACCGGAUGAAUUUACUAUUGGAAGCUUGCUAGCAAGCUUAGAUCUGAUAAGGGUAGUUGACAUGAUACAAGCAGUUGUAACAAAAAGGGCGCUCAUCUGCAGAGUUGAAGUUGCAAACGCAUUGCUUUCAGCAUUCUCUAGGAAUGAUGAGAUAGAGAAGGCGCACGAAGUCUUCUGCCAAAUGCACUCCAGAAAUGUGAUAUCUUGGAAUUCAAUGAUCUCUGGAUUUCUGUUGAAUGGAUUGCCAGAUGAAGGGCUGCAACAGUUUUCGAAAUUACUAGAAAUAGGGUUGAAACCAAAUCAUUACACACUGAGCCUUGUUUUGAGCAUUUGCUCGAGUAUAUCGGAUCUUCUUCAUGGGAAAGAGGUUCAUGCAUACUUACUGAAGCUAGGUUAUUUCUUCCACACCUUGCUCGGUAAUGCCCUCAUCACGUUGUACUCCAAGUGUGGGACUCUGGACUGGUCAUUGAGAGUGUUCCACAGCAUGACCAAGAAAGAUGCUGUUUCUUGGAACUCGGUGAUCUCUGCUCACGCACUGCACGGAGAGGGCAAGGAAGCCAUCCGAUGGUUUGAGGCUAUGCAGUGUUCGAGUGCAGUGAGACCCGAUAAGGCGACCUUCACUGCAGUCCUCUCGGCUUGCAGCCACGCAGGUUUAGUCGCUGAUGGCAUCAGUAUCUUCAAUUUGAUGGUGAAGGGAUAUGGCAUUGAACCCGAGAUGCACCAGUUCUCUUGCGUGGUCGACCUCUUAGGGCGAGCCGAGUUUCUUGAUGUAGCAGAGAGACUGAUCAAGGAUAGUGGGACUGAUAUUGAUCCGAAUGUCUGGUGGACUUUAUUGAGUUCUUGUGCAGCCUACGGUCAUCUGCGGUUGGGAAAUAUAGUUGCCAAGUUUCUUCUUGAAACAGGGCCAGACGGUCCUUCGCUUUACAUUCUGCUAUCGAAUCUCCAUGCUAAUGCUGGAAAAUGGGAAGAGACAUCUAGGUUUAGAGAAGCAAUGAAGAGAUAUGGUGUGAUGAAGCAACGUGGAAGCAAUUGGAUCUCGUCGUGCUGAUGAAUUGAUGGGAAAAGAAGGGGAACAAAAUGGGCUGUGAUGAAACAACCUUUUAAACAAGGAUUCAGAGAGUUUUAGGCCGAGGAAGAGAUCAAGAAUGAGGAAUUGAAGGAAGGGAAGAAAGAUGACGUUAAGGCUGAUCAAGAAGAGGUGGUUUUCUCAUCAAGUAGAAGAUGAGUCCUCUUCUGGCACUAAUGAGAACAUAUCCGAGGGCAAGAAUGACGUCCUUGAGUGAAAAUGCAGAUAAAGUUUGGUUUGCAAAAGCGGUCCUUAAGGUGGAGGAGAGCAAAGAGUUGGAUCAAGAAACAAAGCAUUCUCCAGUAGAGAAGAAACCUAUUGAUCAAAUGUAUGAAUUAUAUUUUGGAUUUUAUUUUGUAUCAAUAUGACAGAGUAAAGGUGAUUGAUGCUGGAAAACGAAAAAUAUAUUGCAAAGAAAACUCCUCAGAUUGAGGCCAA